AUGCCACCCAAUUCUGACAGACAAAAUCAUAUCGCCACCUUCGUCAUGUCUUUUUCUCUCUCCCAUUUGAGUUUCUGCGGAUUUCAAACUCUUCCAUUUCAAUUCCUUCAUUCAACGGUAGUUUAGUAGCUGGGCUGCUAUUAUUUAUUGGAGUUGCAGCUUGGAUGGCAAUGAAUAAUAAAAGAUUGGAAUUUGCGAGGCCUGCCUCGAGUAAAAGAAGAUUGAAGGAUUUAUUGAUUCAAAAAGAUAAUCGCUUUUGUGCUGAUUGUGGUGCUUCAGAUCCUAAAUGGGCGUCUGCUAACAUUGGAGUUUUUGUAUGCUUAAAAUGUUGUGGUGUGCACAGAAGUCUUGGUACUCAUAUAUCAAAGAUUUUGUCCGUGACUUUGGAUGAAUGGUCAGGUGAUGAAAUAGACUCAAUGAUUGAAGUUGGAGGAAAUUCUUCCGCUAAUUCAAUUUAUGAGGCUUAUAUUCCGGAAGGAUAUACAAAACCUGGGCCAGAUGCCAGUCACGAGCACCGUGCAAAAUUCAUCCGGUCAAAGUAUGAACGUCAAGAAUUUUUAAAACCUAGUUUGCGCAUUGUGUCAGGAAAAAGCACUCUUCAAUCAAGUUUUUCGAAAAGGAUUAUGGAUAGUUUUCGAAGUACUAGUAGUUCACAUAUGGAAGGAAUGGUAGAAUUUAUUGGAAUGUUGAAGGUGAAAGUAAUUAAAGGCACAGAUUUAGCUAUCAGAGAUAUGAGGUCCAGUGAUCCGUAUGUCAUCUUGAAACUUGGAAAACAGACUGUACAGACCAGUGUAAUAAAAAGUAAUUUGAAUCCAGUCUGGAAUGAGGAGCUUAUGCUGUCUGUUCCUCAGCAAUUUGGAGCAUUGAAUUUGAAGGUAUUUGAUCACGACUUGUUUUCAGCUGAUGAUAUAAUGGGAGAAGCAGAGCUUGAUCUUCAGCCACUGAUUACAUCUGCAAUGGCAUUUGGAGAUGCUGGAAUGUUUGACGAUAUGCAAAUAGGAAAAUGGCUGAAAUCCCAUGACAAUGCACUUAUAGAUGAUAGCACAGUCAAUAUCAUUGAUGGUAAGGUUAAACAAGAGAUGUCAAUCAAGCUACAGAACGUUGAAUCUGGAGUAUUAGACUUAGAACUCGAGUGGAUACCUCUUGAUCAUUAGGUGUAUUACUGUUAUGAACCUAUCCCUUCUCUUGAAGAAAUAUCUUUAAUAAUCUUCUACUUUUGGCCCAUUAUCCUAUAACUAAACUUUCUGUGUCCUUUUCUCUAAUUAAUUUUUAUAAUUGAAUUAUUUGACCAAACUUGGUGAACUUUAUCUGUAGAAAAGA